CCCUCAACAGAAACCUCACCCUCUGCCACCAUGUGUUACAACUAUUAUGGAAACUCUUACGGGGGCUGUGGAUAUGGCUCUGGCUGUGGCUGUGGAUAUGGCUCUGGUUGUGGCUAUGGAUAUGGCUCUGGCUGUGGAUAUGGUUCCAGAUAUGGCUGUGGCUAUGGCUGUGGAUAUGGUUGUGGAUAUGGCUCUGGCUGUGGCUGUGGCUAUGGCUGUGGAUAUGGUUGUGGAUAUGGCUCUGGCUGUGGCUGUGGCUAUGGUUCCAGAUAUGGCUGUGGCUAUGGAAGUGGCUGCUGUACCUGCCGACCAUUUUGCUACAGAAAAUGCUGUUCUUCUUGCUGCUAGAACAUCGUCCUAGAAUAUUGUAUGCCUCUGAAGAAAUAUUUCAAGAUUAACAUUUUUCCCUAAAAGAUGCUUCAUUUUAUUAUCUCUACAUGCAAGUAAGAAUUGGAUACCACCUGUGUUUACUUCAGAGAACCUGUUAUUGAGGAAUUAUGAAUGUUUCCAUUAUGUUACAUGAAAACAGAAGAUUUGAUUCUGGUUAUGUUCAAAAUUUAAAUUCUUGGUUAUCCUGUUCUAUGGUUUUGUAUUGUCCAUGAGCAUAAAAACUCCAUAUGUGGGAUAAAAGUA